UCAGCUGAUCAGUGUUUACAAGAACGCUGUAGCGAUGGGAUCUGUUCGCUCCGCCUCGUCCUUCUUGCGAAGUGGUCUCUUUAAGAAAUAUUAUGGAUCUCCUUUGGGUGCUUCAUGUCGUGUAAUGAGACAGGUUCGAGGUUGUGCCUCGUUAUCGGACCGAUGGUUGAUUAAGUCUCCGUUCAAUGAUGUGGAGAUUCCCGAGAUUUCAUACCCGCAAUAUAUUUUCGACGCCGCCAAGAAGAACGAGCAUAAGACUGCUUGGAUAAAUGGAUUGACGGGCCAAAGCAUAACACAUGGAGAGUUCCAAACCCUCAGCAGACGCCUGGGCAGUGCCCUCACGAGACUGGGCAUGAAGCAAGGAGAUGUGCUGGGUAUUGUGUCGCCCAAUUGUCCAGAAUUCGCUUUAACAUUCUUCGGUGUGGCAUCAAUAGGUUGUAUUAAUACAACAGUCAACUGUACUUACACUGCAGUGGAAAUUGCCAAGCAGUUGGAAAACUCUAGAGCUUCAUUUGUUAUGACACACCCACUUCUGUUAACGACCAUUCAAGAAGCCUGUAAUAUCUACAAAGGUGUGAAACAUAUCAUCGUGAAUGGUCCUGCCCAGGCUGGAUCCAUCUCAUUGCAAGACCUCAUAGAAGAUGAUGGGACUGCAUUCCCAGAGGAUAUCAAGAUCAAUCCAAAAGAAGACUUAGUUGUGUUGCCAUAUUCCUCUGGAACUACAGGGGUUCCCAAAGGUGUAAUGUUAACACAUUACAAUCUUGUAGCUAAUCUACAGCAGAUUACACAUCCAUCUUUAAUGUCUGUAAAAGGAACUACACAAGAUAUAUUUUUGGGAGUCCUACCAUUCUUCCAUAUCUAUGGAAUGGUGCCAUGCAUGGGGUUGUCUCUUAUGACGGGUUCCUUGACAGUAACCUUGCCAAUGUUUGAGCCAAAACUCUUCGUUGAGGCAAUUCAAAAGUACAAGGUUACGUAUCUUCACACAGUUCCACCUCUGGUUAGCUUCCUUACUCAAAGUCCUAUGGUAAAGCCAGAGCUUCUGGACAAUGUACACACUAUGGUUUGUGGUGCUGCUCCUGUUGGUCCAGUUCUGAUUAAUGAAUUCAGGAAGAAAUUCACUGACAGGAUUCAAUUCCAGGAAGGUUAUGGGUUGACGGAGGCUGCACCAGUAACACAUCUAACACCUAUGAACAGGUAUUUACCAGGUUCAACAGGUCCAUCAAUCCCUAACACUUAUGCUAAGAUUGUUGACCUUGAAACUGGUAAAACUAUUGGACCAAAUGAGGGAACUGGAGAGCUUUGUAUAAAAGGCCCACAGAUAAUGAAGGGCUACUAUUGCAAUGAGAAAGCUACAAAAGAGACUAUAGAUGAGGAGGGUUGGCUUCACACAGGAGACAUUGCAAAGAUGGACGAGGAUGAGAAUGUGUACAUCGUUGACAGACUGAAGGAGUUGAUCAAAGUCAAGGGGUUGCAGGUUGCACCAGCGGAACUAGAAGACCUGUUAAGAGACCAUCCAGACAUAAUUGAUGUAGCAGUCAUUGGUAUCCCAGAUGAAAGAGCAGGAGAAGUGCCACGUGCUUAUGUAGUGCUGUCACAAAAUUCAACCAAGACAGAAGAAGAGAUUGCACAGUAUGUUGAAGAAAAUGUGGCACCACAUAAGAAACUGGCAGGUGGUGUUAUUUUUGUCAAUGAGAUCCCCAAGCUGGCAACAGGAAAAAUUCUAAGACGAAAACUAAAGGAAACAGCCCUUGAAGAGAUGAAGAUGGCAUCGUGAUCUGGGACUUAUUCUCUGUCUUCCAAACACUGAUAAAAAAGUACAAGGAGUUGUUUUUAGUUUUGGCUUUAAGCACAAUCUUUUUUUUUUUUUUUUUUUCAUUUAUUUUUUUAUGAAAUUGUAUCCCAUUCUGUACCAGUUGAUAGCACAAAAGUAUUCCAUCAUUUGCCAUCUCAUUAAUGUUAUGCAUUAACAGUUGUACUUUAAUGUUAUUUCCCUUUUAUGUUUUAACAGUCUUUAGUUUUGCAUCUGCAGCUCAAGAUGAUAUUAUUGACAUAUAUUAUUUACUUUAGCUGCAUAUACCAAACAAAUAAAUAUUUUUACAGUGAAACUGUAACACACUAAAGCUGAACUAACCAUUUUAGUGUUUAUUCCAUGUGUGUUAAUUUGUCACUACAUUUUGGCAGAUUGUUAUCAGUUGUUUGGUUUGUUUUAUUACUAUUUUUUAACUGAUUGAGUCUUAAGUUCUAAUGAUUUUACCUUGGUAAUUUUUUUGGAUAAUCUGGCUGUUGUUUUUUUUUAACAUAAAAUAUUUUGGAAGAAAGUCUUAUGUCAGUUAUGAAUUGGAACAGUACCUUGUAUAUUUUAUAAAUACUGCCCUUAGCAGUAUUAUCAUAUGCCAAUUUUGUUGUUACUCUUCAUUUGGUGCUUGCAAUGACAGCUGAUGUUCCAUAUUUGGUAGUUUUAUAGAUUCUAUUUUUUUAGUAAAUAUAUGUAAAUUAUGUAAGGAAGUGUACUUUUAAUGCUAAACAAACAAUAAAUCUCUUAGAAUCUG